GCUGUGACGCAAUCGCCGCGCGCCGGAAGCGGGGCGGGGCUGUCGUUGAGGGACGCUAAGGCCCGCGCGGGUGGCCAAGAUGCCGUCGGGGAAGGUUUUCCGCCGGCGGAGAGCGGACUCCGAGGAAGAGGAGGAGGAUGAGCAGGUCACCGAGGAGGUCAGAUUAAAACUUGAGGAAGCAAAAGAAGUUCAGAGUCUCAGAAGACGGCCCAAUGGGGUGAGUGCUGCAGCCCUGCUUGUUGGGGAGAAAUUGCAAGAAGAGACAACGUUGGCGGAUGAUCCCUUUAAGAUAAAGACCGGUGGGAUGGUGGACAUGAAGAAGCUGAAAGAACGCGGCAAGGACAGGAUUAACGAAGAGGAGGACCUCAAUCUGGGAACCUCUUUCUCAGCAGAAACCAACAGGCGGGAUGAGGAUGCUGACAUGAUGAAGUACAUUGAGACAGAGCUGAAGAAGAGGAAGGGGAUUGUAGAAAACGAGGAGCAGAAGGUGAAGCUGAAGAAUGCCGAGGACUGUCUGUACGAGCUGCCUGAGAGCAUCCGUGUCUCUUCAGCCAAGAAGACCGAAGAGAUGCUGUCCAAUCAGAUGCUGAGUGGCAUUCCUGAAGUGGAUCUGGGAAUAGACGCAAAAAUAAAGAACAUAAUCUUUACUGAGGACGCCAAGGCAAGGCUGCUGGCAGAGCAGCAAAACAAAAAGAAAGACAGUGAAACUUCCUUUGUUCCCACAAACAUGGCUGUGAACUACGUCCAGCACAACAGAUUCUAUCAUGAGGAGCUGAGUGCACCAGUGAGGAGGAAUAAAGAAGAACCAAAAGCCCGUCCACUGAGAGUGGGGGAUACGGAGAAGCCAGAACCCGAGCGGUCCCCACCGAAUCGCAAGCGCCCACCCAAUGAGAAAGCAACAGAUGACUACCACUAUGAGAAAUUCAAGAAGAUGAACAGACGAUACUGAAAUCUGCUCAGUAGAACAGUAUGGACCAAACAUUUUGCUGGAGCUUUUAAGUGCAAGAUGUUGUGUAAAAACUCCUGAAGUGGGCGGGAUCACUUCCUACAGAUUUUUAGUAUUACCCACAACAUUUUUCUCACAGUAAACUUGUAGUGAAUUAGUGGGCACAGUGAUUGUGAAAUCUCCCUUCCCCGUGGUGACUUGUAUAUAACUUAUUUUGUUAAAACUUUUUCUUUUGUAAAUAUGUUGACUUCUGUUUGGCAUUUAUUUUAGCAUAAAGUCAACCUUGUUCAUAGAUCUUUUCACCUUAAAAAAAGAACUUUUUAAAGACAAAUGCUUUCAGCUUGUAAACAUAUAGUAAAGGUUUAAAGCUGGUUUGCCAGAUUGAGGUUCCAAAGCAACUUCAUAAAAAGGCACUUCUUGUUAGUUCCAAAGGGCGUAAAUUGUAUACAGUGUGUGAGUCUGAGAUAAUACAGGAAUUUGUUCAGCACACAGCAGUAUUCAACUUCUCUUCCAGUUAGAGUGAGUGCCAUGUAAGAUCUUGAAUGUGUGCUACUCUGCAGGGAUUGCAGUAUGACAGGAUUUCUUAUCUUCAGUGUAGGGAAAUGAUAUUCUAUGAAAUACAGCAGUUACUGUAGGUGCCUGAACAAUUAAUGUGUUUGAGAUUUUUUUAAAUGGUGCCCAUUGCGUUUGUAUCUUUUCCUCGCUAUGGAUUUAUUUCCAUGGCAAUGAGGGUUUUUUCAUUUUAUUUCAGUUGCCAAGAAUGAGAAAAAUCAUUACUGUAACUAUUUUGAGGGUGAGAGGAAUCUCACUUCCAAUAUUUGAGGCCUUUCUAGAUAGGGAUGAUGUAGGAUUUUGUAUCAGAAAGCCAAACAAAUUGGAAGCAAACACCAGCUGUAUAUUUCCAGAAACUCUGUAAAAUAAAUUAAAAAUUAGUUGAAAAUGGAGUUUGAACUUUUAAAAAAUAAAUAACUUUUAACUCGU